AGAUGGCAUCUAGUUCUAACUUCGAUACAGGGUACUUUGACAAAAUCUUUCCUUUUGUAACCAAACAAGAUGUUUUUCAAAUAUCGAAACCUACAUGUAUAGAAAGAGAAGAUAUUAAUAGGGCAAGAAAGACAUGGAAACUGCAGUCAACCAAAGAUAUGUCAUUUUCCCAGGACUUUUGUCCAACCAUUGUCUCAACGUCCAGUAUAACUGUACCCGGAAAUCACGCUAUUUGGCAUAUCUCCUGUGUGACGUCAGACAGGCUAUGGGUCAGCGAUAGCGAACAUCUCCUACUGGUUGACACCUCCGGACACAAAAUACAGAAAAAGAAAAUUGAAAUUGGCAAGUUGGCAUACGCAGGAAUUCAUUCUGUAACAGAGGAAGGGGACCUGCUAUUUAUAGAUGACAAUAAAGUGCAGAAGAUGACGUCAGACGGCACCAUCACUACACUCAUCCAUCAACCAUGGGAAAGCUUAUUCUGUAUCCACUCCUCCCGCCUCAACGGAGACAUACUGUUGGGUUGUUUUAAUGAAGUGAGGAGGUUCGACAGGAUGGGACGGCGGGCAAAGAUCUGGAGAAAUGAGACUUGUUAUUAUCCAAAGUACAUCACAGAAAACAAAAAUGGGGACAUCUGGUUUUCUAACUGGCAUAUGAGAGUAGUGGUGGCAAUGGAUAAAUCAGGAAAACAACGCUUUAAAUACAGGGGUCAGCAGAAUCAGUAUGACUUUUGUCCCCGUGGUAUCUGCGCUGAUGUCCUCGGGCAGAUCCUAGUGUGUGAUAAUGCCUGCGGCAAUCAAAGUGUCCAUCUACUGGAUCAGAAAAGUCAAUUCCUUGGUCUCCUUCUCACUGAAAAACAGGGAUUAUACAGUCCCCUUGCUCUUUGUGUGGACGACAAACACAAGCUCUAUAUGGGACAGAUGUUUAGUAACACAAUAAUGGUGUAUAAGUAUGUUCAGGAAACUGAUGUUUCAGUUUCUCCGCAUUUGAAUUCUGCCCUUGUAAUCACUUCUAGUUUUAUCAUAUCCAGAGUUAAUGGACUUUUCCAUAUCUCCUGUAUGCCCUCAGACAGAUUCUGGGUCAAUGAUGACAGACUUCUUCUACAGGUGGACUCCUCCGGUUGUGAACAGAAGAGAAAAAAAGCUACAUUUUGCAGUGAAGGAGGAGUUCACACUGUCACAGAGGACGGGGAUCUGUUGUUUAUUGAUCACACUAAAGUGCAAAAGAUGACUGCAGACGGGAUCAUCACUACACUCAUCAAGCCAGACAUAGGGGAAUUAUACUGUGUUCACUCCUCCCGAAUCAACGGCGAUAUUCUGCUGGGGUGUCAUUAUGGAUUGAUGAGGUAUGACAAGUGGGGGAAGCUGAGUGCGGACGUUAGGAUGAACAGGACAUUCCAGAUUUAUUAUCCGAUGUACAUAACAGAAAAUAAGAACGGAGACAUCUGGGUCUCUGAACUCCUGGAAGAAGCAGUGAUGGUAUUUGAUAAAUCAGGACAAUAUCGGCUUAAGUAUACAGGUCAGCAGACUUGGUGUGACUAUAAUUCUAAGGGUUUCUCUAAUUUUCUGUAUCAAUAUGAGCGUCCGUCUCCUUUCGGGCCUCGUGGAAUCUGUACUGAUAUCUUAGGACAGGUAUUGGUCUCUGAUAUUUUAGUUCCCAGUGUCCAUCUCCUGGAUCAGGAUGGUAAGUUCCUCCGUCUCCUGCUGACAAGAGAACAUGGAUUAUACAAUCCAACGGCCCUGUGUUUGGACAACAAACACAACCUUUAUGUCGGAGAGAAGUUUAGUAACAAAAUAACAGUGUACAAGUAUCUAUAGCAAACAGAGAAUUUAAAAACAUCCUUGAUGGAGUUGAAAUAAACACGGUGAAAUAUGAAUGUUAAUUGCUGAUCAAUUGAUACAGCUGUAAUGUUUUAUUUGACAAUCAUAUACUUGAUAUAUAUUAUGAUAAACGACUUGCAAAUUGAUAAGAGAAAAAUUCUCCGUAAGCACUUAACGUUUUCUGACACGCAUGACAAUCAUCUUAAGCAAAAGUGCAUAUUUAAAAUAAAAUAUUUUGAAAUGA